AGAUUCUACAUAUUCCUGACGGGAAUCCCAGCAGUACUGUUCAUAACAUAUGUCAACAUCUUCAUUGGUGAAGCUGAACUAGCAGAGAUUCCUGAAGGUUAUGUUCCAGAGUACUGGGAGUACUACAAACACCCUAUAAGUCGCUGGAUAGCUCGUUACUUACUUGACCCCCCGGAAAAGGACUAUGAGAAGGAGCUGGCUAUGCUUGACAUUGAAUCAAGGAAAGCUGAAAUGAGGAUGAUGGAGCUGGAGGCACGCAGACUGAUGAGGCAGAGAGGGGAUGGACCUUGGUAUCAUUAUCCAACACCUGAUAAGAAUCUUGUUGACAAUUCUAUGAAAUCCACACCUGACAAUUAA